CCCAUCACACCCAUCAGUCCACAGUCGAGAGCCGCCGUGAAAAGUUGUCGCGAACGGGAAAAGUGUCGCACGCGUGCGUCCUAGGCAGAUGUGAAAAUUUUCCAUUAUUCACUGGGGGAAAACGUGUGCGAUCUGCUCGGACAAGGAAGGCAAAAAUUUGAUUUUCGAUCGAAAAAAGUUGAUUGAAGUGGUGUGAAAUAGUGGAAAACCAUUAAUGAAACGUCGAUGAUUGCGUCGGUGAUGGAAAUGAGGUGAAAAUUGCGGCGGAAAACGAAAAAAAGUGAGUUCAAGUGCAAGAGAAAAUUUUCAAGUAGCUCACUUGGCAGUGAAGAAAAAUUCAAAGACAAGAAGAAGAUCGUCUGUCUUGAAAUCGAAUAUUUGCUUGAAUUGGAAGAAGGUAAAUAAAAACAAACGCUUUGCGUUUGUUUGACGACAACGAUUAAACGCCGGUAUCUACUGUUUGCAAACAAAUGAAAGCGGUGGUAAAUAAAUUCGAAUUGUGCUCCUGAUUAUUUCGAAUUACGAAACCAAUAAAAGUAUAUCAACUAUCAGCUACUGCCUCGGUUGGUUUCAGUGCGGUCUUCUCGAUGCCAUUUCAGUAAAACAUCGGCCGUACGUGAGUGUGUAUCCACGUGCAAAGAGGAACCAAAACAUAUGCCACCAGGAUGAUUAAUAGGAAAAGAAUGUUGCUGGUGCUGUUCGUGUUGGGCGCCAAUUUUGGUGCUCUUUGCGCUUACAACAGCGAUGCCGACGAAACGGUUGAGCACAUUAAAAUAGGCGGCCUGUUCGACGGAGACACCGACGAUGCCAUGCUUGCCUUCCAGUACGCUGUCGAAGCGGUCAACAACGAGAAACUGGCCUUUUCCAACUACAGACUGGAGGCCCAUCCGAUGACAGUAAAAUAUGGCGAUCAGUUCGACGUGUCCAAAAAACUGUGCCGGUUGCUGAAGUCCGGCGUGGCAGCUAUCUUCGGACCGAGUUCACCGAAAUCGGCCGUCCACGUGAACAGCAUAUGCGACGUCAAGGAAAUGCCCCACAUCGAAACCCGCUGGGACGCCCACACCCGUCUACCGACCAUCAACAUACACCCGCACCCCACGAUCCUCGGUCGGGUCUUCCUCGAUCUGGUGGUGGCCUUCGAAUGGAAGGACUUCACCAUCAUCUACGAAUCGGGACCCUGGCUGCCGGGCUUAUCGGAACUGUUGAAGAUGUACGACCCCAAAGGCUACACCGUAACGGUCCGGCAGCUGGACCUCAAGCUGAACGGAAACUUUCGACCAGUGCUGCGGCGCGUUAAAAUGUCCGAAGACAAUCACAUCAUUCUGGCGUGCUCAAUCGAUUCGAUGCCGGAGGUUCUGAAGCAGGCCCAACAGGUGGGAUUGCUGACCGACUAUCAUCAGAUCAUCAUUACCUCGCUGGACUUGCACACGAUCGAGCUAGAACCGUACCAAUACAGUGGAACCAACAUCACCGGAGUCAGAAUGGUCGAUCCGGAGGAGGAGAAAAUCCACCAAGUUACGGAGUUUCUGAACGCUUCGCAAAUAUCGAAAACACUGGAGUUAAAUGAGGGACUGAACCCGGCAACGAUGCGCGUCGAAACGGCACUGAUGUACGAUGCGGUUCUCGUGUUUGCAGAAGCGCUGCGGCACUUGAUCGGGAUCGAUCCUCCGCACCUGUUGGAAACGAUGCCGCUGAAGUGCGAUGAAGACGAUACGUGGCACAGUGGAUACAGUAUUAUCAACUAUAUGAAGUCAUCUACGGUGCAUGGGCUGACGCGGGGGGUGAAGUUCGACCACGAGGGCCAUCGGUCGGAUUUCCUGCUGGACAUUGUCGAACUUGGACCAGCUGGAUUGGAGAAGGUCGGCGUUUGGAACUCGACCGAGGGAUUGAACAUUACGCGGAAGAAGGAACAGAUGGCACUGGCUUUCGACGACGGAACUCUGCAGAAUCGUACUUUUAUCGUUUUGACGGCUAUUUCUCCGCCGUACGGGAUGCUGAAGGACUCGCCGACCCGGCUGACCGGUAAUGAUCGGUUCGAGGGGUUUGGAAUCGAUCUGAUUAACGAGCUGUCGUUGAUGUUGGGUUUCAACUACACUUUUGUGCUGCAGGAGGACGGUGUCUACGGUUCGUUGAAUCGCGAAACGGGCAAGUGGAACGGAAUGGUGCAGGAGUUGUUGGAGUGGCGCGCGGAUUUGGCCAUUACGGAUUUGACUAUUACGUCGGAUCGUGAGAGCGCCGUGGAUUUCACGAUGCCUUUUAUGAAUCUCGGCAUUUCUAUUCUGUACAGGAAGCCCACAAAAGAACCUCCAUCGCUGUUUUCCUUCAUGUCUCCGUUUUCUAAGCAAGUUUGGUUGUAUCUGGGCGGUGCUUACAUGAUGGUGUCGAUGUCGUUGUUUAUUUUGGGUCGUCUUUCACCGAAGGAAUGGGACAAUCCGUAUCCUUGUAUUGAAGAACCGGAAGAGUUGGAAAAUCAAUUUAGCUUGAGCAAUUCUAUGUGGUUCACAAUCGGUGCGUUGCUACAACAGGGUUCUGAAAUUGCACCAAAGGCUUCGUCAACCCGUGCCGUAGCGUCAAUCUGGUGGUUCUUCACGCUGAUCAUGGUUUCAUCCUACACUGCCAAUUUGGCUGCGUUUUUGACGGUCGAGCAAAUCAGUUCGCCAAUCAGCAAUGCAGAAGAUCUGGCUGCAGCCAGUGGCACCAUCAAGUACGGAGCCAAACGCGAUGGCAGUACGUUCAGCUUCUUCAAGGACGCUGAAUACAAAACGUACCAGAAAAUGUUUCAGUAUAUGUCGGAUAACCCAGAUUUGCUAACCUCAUCAAACCCGGAGGGUCUAAAUCGUGCCAAAACGGAAAACUAUGCUUUCUUGAUGGAGUCUUCCUCGAUUGAGUACAUUAUUGAGCGGGAGUGCGAUGUAACACAAAUCGGCGGAUUGUUAGACGACAAAGGCUACGGAAUUGCGAUGAGAAAGAAUUCUCCGUACCGGAGCGCUCUUAGUGAAGCGGUUCUUCGGCUCCAAGAGCAGGGCGUGCUCACAUCCCUGAAACGUAAAUGGUGGAAAGAGAAACGAGGUGGUGGCGCUUGCUCGCAAAGUUCCGCAGACGAUGGAGCCGAGGAGCUUGGUAUGGACAACGUGGGCGGUGUGUUCUUCGUCCUUUGUGUAGGUUGUUCCGUAGCUUUAGUCAUCGGCUGUUGCGAUCUACUGUGUGAAAUUUCGAAGCUCGCUCGACAGAACAAGGUUCCCUUCCGUGAUGAGCUCAUGGCCGAACUGCGGUUCGUGGCCAAGUGCUCCGGCAACACGAAACCCGUCCGCCAUCGAAAGAGUUCGUCCGGUUCGCGUCAUUCGUUGGAGUCGGGCCUGUCGGAGCAGCCCUCUGGCGAGGGGUCCCCCGGCGGCGAUCAACAGGCGACCUGCAAUGGCAAGUCGUCACUCAACGUGCAGCUGAAAUCCAACGGCCGGAAGGCGGCGCUGGACGAUUAAGGUUGAGUUUGAGGACGUAAUAAAUUUAUCUUGGAAACCGUUCAUAGUAGAGUGAUUUAGUUCAAAUAAUGCAGAAAUAGAAGAAUUAUUGAAUACAUUUGGAAUAACAAAAUGCUGUUUUGAAGAUCAAAGAAUCUCUAACGUAAUAUUUGAUUGUUUUUCUGUAUGACUAUUGAAUAAAAGCAAUUGUUUUGUUAAAAAUUUGA